AUGGCGCCUCGGCUGGCGGUUCGGCCUGAUCGCGACAAUGUCGACUACUCAGCCAUUGGAAAGCAUGGAAGGCGUACUGGUGUCACACUGGAUCAACGCCCCUUGGAUCUGAACGGAAUGGAAGAAAUCACCGGCAUAUUUUCUUCUCCGCGCAAACCGUCUCCACUAAAACAUGUGAUUUUGAUGCAGAGCAUUGAAGAAAGCGAUUCUGUUCACUCACCCAUCAAGCAACCCUCCUCACGAAGAUCAACCAGGCGCAUCUCCAUCCCCCCUCCUCGAUCGUCUUCACCCAAGAAAAGUGGAAUUUCGGGAACAGCGAGGAAGAGUAAUGGGGUAGACAUUUUUACGCGCAAAAGCCUACUACCCCCUUCGGAAGAUAUAGAGGAUCGUGAAAACACGCCUAUUAUCACACCUACGCGCAGCCUUCAACCAACCAGGUUCAGUUCAAGUCCUGAGAAAUCUCCUCUACGUGACAUAACGCCUAAUAUUAAUCACACCGACACAAAGAGGACGUUCAGUCCCCAAGAUGUUGAACAGCUCUCCAGUGAGAUCGCACCCUCGGUGGAAGAUGACCAAUAUGUAUAUCCGGAUCCGAUAAAAGAGACACAUGCAACGCCGCUUUCCGGCCAUGAUUUUGUUCCCCUUGCUGAUGAUGACAAUGAUAACGAUCCUGUCCCUCCCAAAUCAGUCGCGAGUGAAGAGGACUUGGAAGAAAGUGGAAGACGGCCAUCCGAAGAACUUGGAACUCCACUUCGACAAAGUGAGCCUGAAAUUGACCGCCCUAUAAUCGAGCCUGGCUCUAGAAAUCCUUCACUACCACCUGCUCAUGAGGCAAAUUCGCGAAGGAAGAGAAAGUCCGAUGUUCUCGAUCGCGAAUCGUCAGUCACAGGCUCCCCGGCAACAAGCAAGAUUCGUAAAACGAAUCCCAAGAGCAAUCAGCAGUCCAAACCCGCCAUGAAGUCCAGGCUUAUUGAGAAAACAAUCUCACCCAGAGCGAAAGGUAAACAACCACUGAAACACAAGGAUACCAACACCAAGAUGUCGGCUCGCCAGGAAGAAGAGCUGGACGACAUCAUUGAAAAGGUCAAAGCGAGGCCUGGUCCUGCGAGGUCACUCUACAUAUUGCGGCGUGAAACGCCUGCCGACGAAGGGGUAACCCACACGAGAAGCGGCCGGGUAAGUGUGAAGCCACUGGCAUAUUGGCGCAAUGAGAGGUGUGUUUAUGGGGGAAGUCCAGGAGGGGCGAGUGUCGAGAAAGGUGCUCGAUUUCCACUGAACAGCAUCAAAGAGAUUGUACGCACCGAGGAGAUCGACGUGCGACGAGCCAAGAAAGGCAAGAAAACUGGAAAGAUAGCAACCAAAUCGAAAUCGAAGUCUCGUACAUCUCCAGUCGACGUUUCGGAAAGCUCGGAAUCUGAGAAUGAGAAUUCACCAGAGGAGGAUCCAGAUGCCGAACCAUGGGAGACUGAAAAGGGAACACUUGUGGGCACGGUAGCGGUUUGGGAUUCAGAAGAGCAAGCUGCUACGGAACAAGAGCAGCAGAUUGAAAUUGCACAUGCCCCGGGGGCCAUCAUCACGCGCGAAAUUAAGCGCUCGGCGCUACAUGAAGGAACUACAUUUCAGUAUGCGAAAUUGCUCAGUACCGACUUCUUUGGGACAGGGCUUGUCAUUCUUCCGCCUGGUGGUAGCAAACGACCCAAGAACAGUCGAAAGAUGCACAUGGGCUUCUAUGUGAUCAAGGGACGGGUGACUGUCAAUGUUGGGCCUGCCGGCAGUGAAGACACAGAAAGCUGGAAUCGCUUCAGCAUUGGCAAAGGAGGGUUCUGGCAGGUCCCGAGAGGCAACCAAUAUUCGAUUGAGAACGAACUUGACAAACCGGCACGGAUAUUCUUCAGUCAGGCUUGCGAACGUGAGCCGGUCCACUAUGAUUACGAAGAUGCGGAAUGA